CAGCGCUUGAAAAGUGAGGGUGAGAGAGAGAGAGAGGGAGAGAGAGGAGGUUGGGGAGAGUCCAACUACCGAUCCAAGUCCCGAGCCGUUGACGUGAAGGGGCUUAACCCAAAGGGUCCUCUCCUGCAUAGAGAGGGAGAGAGUUAAGCAGAGGGAGAUAUAGAGAGAGAGAGGAGCGAGGGGUUGGGCUCGAAGCUGAGAACACAGACACAACGCGCGCGCUCGAUCGAGAGAGAGAGAUGCUUUCAGACGGGGUCGAGGACGAGGAGAAAUGGCUCGCAGAAGGAAUUGCCGGCUUUCAACAAAACGCAUUUUGCAUGCAUCGAGCUCUGCUUCUUCCGUUGCUGAUUCUUCCUGGAUCUCCUCUCCUGAUCAAUGUGCUUUCAAUUCCUCUGCAACAAAAACCCCAGGAUUCAAAUAACUUGAGAGACGCCCUCAAGUACUCAGCACAAAUGCUUUCAGAGUUAAGAACAUCGAGGCUUUCUCCGCACAAGUACUAUGAGCUCUAUAUGAGAUCAUUUGACGAAUUGAGGAGAUUGGAGAUGUUUUUCAAGGAAGAGACCAAGCGUGGAUGCUCGAUUGUUGAUUUGUAUGAGCUUGUACAGCACGCUGGAAACAUCUUACCCAGAUUGUAUCUCCUUUGCACAGUGGGAUCCGUGUACAUUAAAUCCAAGGAAGCUCCUGCUAAGGAUGUGCUAAAGGAUCUCGUGGAAAUGUGCCGUGGUGUCCAGCAUCCUGUGCGCGGUCUUUUUCUUCGGAGUUAUCUUUCUCAAAUCAGCAGGGACAAAUUACCUGACAUUGGCUCUGAGUAUGAAGGGGAUGUUGGCACUGUCAUGGAUGCUGUGGAGUUUGUGCUCCAAAAUUUCACUGAGAUGAAUAAACUCUGGGUCCGCAUGCAGCACCAGGGACCUGCUCGAGAGAAAGAGAAGCGGGAGAAAGAAAGAAGUGAACUUCGUGACCUUGUGGGAAAGAACCUUCAUGUUCUCAGUCAAGUAGAAGGUGUAGAUCUUGAGAUGUACAAAGAAACUGUGCUGCCAAGAGUUUUAGAACAGGUUGUCAAUUGCAAGGAUGAGCUUGCACAAUACUACCUGAUGGAUUGCAUAAUACAAGUCUUUCCUGAUGAAUAUCAUUUGCAAACUCUAGAGACUUUGUUGGGUGCUUGUCCACAGCUUCAGUCGUCUGUGGAUAUCAAAACAGUCUUAUCUCAACUGAUGGAGAGAUUAUCAAAUUAUGCUUCUUCGAGUUCAGAAGUUUUACCAGAGUUCUUGCAAGUGGAGGCAUUCUCUAAAUUAAGUGGUGCCAUUGGGAAGGUUAUAGAAGCACAGCCAGAGAUGCCUGUUGUUGGAGCUAUAAGUCUAUAUGUUUCACUUCUUACCUUCACUCUACGAGUUCAUCCUGAUCGACUAGAUUAUGUGGACCAAGUGCUGGGUGCUUGCGUGAAGAAACUUUCAGGAAAAGCAAAGGCUGAAGAUAGCAAAGCAACAAAACAAGUUGUUGCACUUCUGAGUGCUCCCCUGGAGAAGUACAAUGAUAUUGUGACGGCACUGAAACUGACAAAUUAUCCUCGUGUCAUGGAUCAUCUUGACCAUGUGACCAAUAAAGUCAUGGCAGUGGUUAUUAUUCAAAGCAUUAUGAAGAAUAAUACCUACAUAACGACUGCAAACAGAGUGGAGGCACUAUUUGAAUUAAUAAAGGGGCUUAUUAAGGAUAUGGAUGGAACUCCUAUUGAAGAGCUUGAUGAAGAAGACUUCAAGGAGGAGCAGAAUUCUGUUGCUCGCCUCAUUCACAUGCUAGUAAAUGAAGAUCAUGAGGAGAUGAUGAAGAUCAUAACCACUGUGAGACGACAUAUUCUUCAAGGGGGUCCAAAACGUCUUCCUUUUACUAUCCCCCCUCUCAUAUUUUCAGCCCUAAAGCUGGUUCGAGGAUUGCAAGGCCAGGAAGGAGAUGGAGUUGGAGAAGAAGGGCCUGUGACAUCUAAGAAAAUUUUCCAGCUUUUGCAUCAGACUAUAGAGACAUUAUCUUCAGUUUCUUCCCCAGAACUGGCAUUGAGGUUGUUCCUGCAAUGUGCUGAGGCUGCCAAUGAUUGUGAUCUUGAACCAGUGGCUUAUGAAUUUUUCACUCAAGCUUUUAUUCUUUAUGAGGAAGAAGUUGCGGAUUCAAAGGCACAGGUGACUGCAAUUCACCUAAUUAUUGGCACACUUCAGAGGAUGACUGUUUUCGGUGUGGAGAACAGGGACACAUUGACACAUAAGGCUACUGGGUAUUCAGCAAAGCUAUUGAAGAAGCCAGACCAGUGCAGGGCUGUUUAUGCAUGUUCACAUCUAUUUUGGGUUGAUGAGCAGGAUGGCAUCAAAGAUGGGGAAAGGGUUUUGCUCUGCCUGAAGCGUGCACUGCGGAUUGCAAAUGCUGCUCAACAAAUGGCCAAUGUAAUGCGAGGGAGUGGUGGGCCUGUCACACUGUUUGUUGAGAUACUGAACAAGUACCUCUAUUUCUUCGAAAAGGGAAACCCCCAUAUCACCAGCAAUAUAAUCCAGGGGCUGAUUGAGUUGAUCGCAACGGAGAUGCAAAGUGAUAGCUCGACCCACGAUCCUCUGGCCGAUGCAUUUCUUGCAAGCACAAUGCGAUAUAUCCAGUUCCAAAAGCAAAAAGGCGGUCUAAUGGGUGAAAAAUACGAGCCCAUCAAAGUGUGAGAGGUCUCUGAUCAUUUAUUUUUGCUUGAGCCUGUUUGCCACCUUUGCUCGCUGUUCAGAAGUGAAGUGGUUCUUCAUCUGAUAUGUACAUGUCAUUGCUUGCCAUAGAUCUUCUGAACAUUGUAAUUAUAGGAAUGUGUGAAGCUUCUUUGGCUUCAAGUUGAGUUCCAAAAAGAAUGCAAGCAUUGUUUUCAAGUGGCUGUUGCCAAUUUGGUUUCCAUCGUUUGCUCUUCAUUGGGGAACGGUGGGAGAUUUAAGUACUUGCCCAGGAAAGAAUUCCAAUUUCAUA